AUGGCGGCGGGCGCGGUGGGGCCGUGCGGCCUCCUGGCGCUGUUCCUCAUCGGCGGGCUGUCUGCCGGUGUCGCGGGGACAACUGGUUUUAUAAAGUCACCACUGUCUCAAAAGAGACUGACUCAGGACAGCGUCGAGUUGUACUGCGAGGCGAUUGGCAAUCCUAUCCCUGAGAUCCAGUGGUGGUUUGAGGGAAACGAGCCAAAUGAGACCUAUGCUCAGCUCUGGGAUGGCGCACGGCAGGACCGUGUCAAAAUCAACGCCACUUACAACCUGCACUCUACCAGUACCAUCUACAUCGCAAACCUCACGAGCGACGACUCGGGCAUGUAUGAGUGCCGGGCCAGCAACGACCCUGACCGCAACCACUUGUCGAAGAGCCCCAAAGUCAAGUGGAUCCGUUCCCAGGCGAACGUUUUUGUCAUCGAACGUCCAGACAUCAGAGCUCAUGUAAGCAGUGUUUCUGGCAAGCUGAUCCUCACCUGUAACGUGACUGCGCCUUACCCUGACAUCAAGGGUCGCAAAUGGAUGCAUGGGGACAAGAUACUUCAAACGGACACAGAGUCAAGUGCUUUCACCACUUACACAAUCGAGGGGAAGAUGGAAGAGCACUCUGGCGUCUAUGAAUGUGUCUACGAAACAAGCCCGGUGAUAAAAGCACAAGUGAAUAUUUCAGUUGCACCCCAGGUGACAGCAUACAAGAAGUCUGAGCAUGGGAAUGAGGGGGACACAGGCGUGCUGACCUGCAAGAAUCCCUCUUUCCCCCCUGUCAGCUCUUGGGUCUGGUACAAAAAUGGUCCAGAGCCCAUCAUCAAUGGUUCUGGUCGAUACAUUAUCAAGUCCAGUGGCAACAAGACAGAGUUACGCAUUCUUAAACUGAGUAUUGAGGAGGAUACAGGUGACUACCACUGCAAUGCCACCAACUCUUACGGCUUUGGUGGUGCUAUGGUAAACCUGCGUGUACGCAGCCGCCUGGCAGCACUCUGGCCCUUCCUGGGUAUUGUGGCAGAAGUCCUGGUUCUUGUCACAAUCAUCUUCAUCUAUGAGAAGAGGAGGAAGCCGGAUGAGGUUCUUGAUGAUGAUGAUGGAGGUUCUGCACCACUGAAAAGCAAUGCCACAAACCACAAGGACAAGAAUGUCCGCCAGAGAAAUGCUAACUAAGAGCAGGGGCCAGGUGAUGUGUAGAUGAAGAACUCGUCUGGACAAUUUUGUUUUCUUCUAAUUUUUUGGUAAAAUAGCACCAUGAAAUAUUC